UCCAUUUGGUCAUCAGCUUUACUGACGAGCUCCAACAGCUGUGGUUUGAGUCUGACCACUCGGCAUAAAUACUAGGACACUGGCAUUUGGUUCAUUUUAUCCAUGCACAAGCAAAGUGCUGCACAGAGACCUUAAGAAUCAAGAACGAACUGGGCCAGGUCUCUGUUCUAUACUGUUAGUGAUUCUUAUACUGAGUGUAAGAGAUAAUCUUGUGUAAUUUUUCAUUUUAUUUGUCCAUAAGCCGUGGAUACUGGACAAAAUGCAGAAGGAAACCAAGACAAAAAUCUUGUUUUUUGUGAUAAUGGUAGGCUCAGUGUGCAUGUUAACAGCAGUGGUGACAGACCACUGGGCCGUGUUGAGUCCUCGAGUGGAGAACGUAAACACAACAUGUGAGGCAGCCCACUUUGGCCUUUGGAAACUUUGUAAGAAACACAUCUAUAUUGAGGAUGAGGAAUUUAUUGGUAAAGGCUGUGGACCUAUCAGCUUACCGGGGGAAAUCAACUGCUCUUACUUCAGACACUUCACACCUGGGGAAGAUUCUGAGAUCUUUGAAGUUAAAACUCAAAGAGAAUACAACAUCUCAGCAGCUGCCAUAGCCAUCUUCAGUCUUGUCUUCAUGAUUCUGGGCACAUUGUGUGUGUUGGGUUCCCUCAGAAAGGGAAAGGACUAUCUGUACAAGCCUGCUGGCAUGUUCUUUGCUUUUGCAGGUCUGUGUGCUAUCAUCUCAGUAGAGGUAAUGCGUCAGUCAGUCAAGAGGAUGAUAGAAAGUGAGGACACUAUCUGGAUCGAGUAUUACUAUUCCUGGUCUUUUGCGUGUGCGUGUACAGCUUUUGUCCUGCUCUUCCUCAGUGGAAUAGGUCUGUUGAUAGUCUCCAUGCCACAGAUGCCUAGAAAUCCCUGGGAAACCUGCAUGGAUGCUGAGCCCGAACAGAUAUAGAGCAGGAAUUCCAGAUGCCAGCCACUAAACCAUUGUCUGAAAAUAUAUCUAGACCUCUUUGAUGCAAUGUCAGAGCUUGACAAGCAGAGGUCUAAAAUUAGCUCAGUAACUUCCCUUUUUCCCUUGCAAACUGGCACUGAAGAAUGUAGGUGUGUAACACACCCUUUU